AUGAGUGUGCAAGACACAAUAGAGUCACAUGCUGUGACAGCUAUCUCCGAUCCCACCACGACCGCUGCGAUGGAUUUGACGACAGCUGCCGAAUCACCACAUGCAGAGGAACAACUUGCGGGGCAGAUGGAAGGACUGUCAGUCUCAGGAAAUAUGACACCUAACCUCUCAUCCAGAGCAAAUGCUUCUCCACCCCCUCUGCCCCAGAAGGACGAUGUUUACCUCAACCUCAACGCAAGCUCCACUACCACUGCGCCAACACUGCCACCCAUCGACACAAACCGGACCUUCAGCCCCGAGAAAGAGCUUCCAGAUGUGCCUGGUGAUAGCGAUCUGGACUCUAAACGAGGUGGUCAUGUUGAUGCGCCCAGGGAUGAAAAUGCCUCUCAGCCGGAGAUUCAAAGUAUUAUGGGACAAUUCCAGGACCCCGCGCGGAGCACCGACCAAAAAGAGAUUAUGUCUCCGCGGCUCGAACUUGCUGAGAAAUUCCGAGGCGGUCCAACAUACUUCCCGCCACGCAAAUCCAGUUUGGACCAUGCGCCUUCCACCCAAUCCGAGGGCUCCCCGGUCGCUAAAUCCCCGGAGAAGCAGCCUGUAUCCCAACAUCCUUACAAGCCUGAACUGCCCGUAGAAAACCGACGAGCUUCCACCUCGAUGGUCCUACCACUGCCGGAACCCGAGUCUGACCAACCGUUCGAUUUCCACCGUUUCCUAGAACAGCUACGUCACCGUACCGCCGACCCUGUAGCCAAGUUUCUGCGGUCGUUCCUCAUGGAGUUUGGCAAGAAGCAAUGGAUGGUUCACGAGCAAGUCAAAAUCAUCAGCGACUUCCUGACAUUUAUCACCAACAAGAUGGCCAUGUGCGAUAUCUGGCGAGAUGCAUCGGAUAGCGAAUUCGAUAAUGCCAAGGAAGGUAUGGAGAAACUUGUGAUGAAUCGUCUGUAUUCGCAGACUUUCGCCCCAGCCAUUCCAUCUCCACCAACGAUACCCAGAAGUGCAAGCCGGAGCCGACGGAGAGAGCUAGAGAGGCUUCAUGGGCCAUGGCGACGUGGUCAGCAUCAGGAGGACAUUGAGCGAGAUGACAUUCUGGCCCAGAAAAUUCGCAUUUACAGCUGGGUCAACGAAGCGCAUCUAGACAUCCCGACUGUGAGCGGCAGUGGACGCCGUUUCUUGAAUCUGGCACAGCAAGAAAUAACCAAAAUCAAUGGCUAUCGCGCUCCCCGAGAUAAGGUCAUCUGCAUUUUGAACUGCUGCAAAGUCAUCUUUGGUCUAUUAAAGAAUUCUAAAAAGGCCGACACAUCCGCCGACUCUUUUAUCCCCCUCCUGAUAUAUGUGGUUUUGCAAGCAAACCCUGACCACCUUGUUUCUAACAUUCAAUACAUUCUUCGAUUCCGCAAUCAGGAUAAACUUGGCGGCGAAGCAGGUUAUUACAUCUCGUCGUUGUCUGGAGCCAUCCAAUUCAUCGAGACACUCGACCGCACAAGUCUAACCGUCAGCGACGAAGAUUUUGAACGUAACGUUGAAGCUGCCGUGUCCGCUAUUGCAGAACAAAACCGGGAAUCCGAAACCUUUGAAGAAAAGCCCUCUACCCAACCCCCUACAUCUCAGCCCCAAGCCGGAUCAAGCCGCACAGAAAGUGCCCAAUCCAGUGACGAUGACAUCUCCGCGCCAGUUGCAGGACUACUACGCACAAUUCAAAACCCUCUUUCCACCAUCGGCCGCAUCUUCUCCGAUGACCCAGACUCAGGGUUUUCUGCAACUCAAGAACGCCCCCAGCCUGUCCCGACGCCCCAACCAGGUAUUGCUCCGCCACGUCUCACCCCGAAUGUCUACCAGCCUCCGCGCGCAAGCAGCGAGGAAAGUCGUCGCUCAAGCGAUGAGCGCGCCCACGGUAGCGGAACCUUCGCGAAAAAGAAUCUUACCCGCGUUCUCGACGCUCAGGAUGCCGCCGCACGCCAGGCUAGUGCCGAAGAUGCGGAGGCGCGCCGUAUCCAACGUGCUGAACAUAAUAAUGUUGUCGAGACACUUUCAAACAUGUUUCCCAACCUAGACCGUGAGCUUAUUGAUGACGUCGUUAAGAUUAAGGAGGGGAGGGUUGGUCUCGCUGUUGAUGCUUGUCUUGCUCUCAGUGCAGAGUAG